UAGAUUGCGGCCGAUCCGGUUACGGAGUGUCGCGUUCCCGAACACGUUGCUCUCAGACGGUGUUCAUCUCGCUGCCGCAAAGAGUGAAGAAAGCAGCAUGCUGCGGGCGGCGUUGCUGACGUUGGUGUUAGCGGCUUGCAACUGUCAACAAGGGCAGAUAAGGCUUGGACGCACGCCUAGCGAUUAUCCUGGGAUCAGCAAUUUCAAGUACCAAUUGAAGAAUGGAACAGAACCUGGAGAUGGCUCCGUGAACGCACGGCUCACGUGGUGGAAGCCUCCAAGUAGCGCUCUACCCCUCUUCUUUUACAGCUUCACGGUAUGCCGUGACAAAGUCAAACCGUGCGACGUCCAUUAUGUCCGGCCCAGCGAAACGGAAUUGAUGCUCGAUGACUUGGACUUCUGGGAAGUAUACAACGUUGCGGGGUACGUCUUCUACAACGAUGAAUCCAAAAAUGUAACACUUCGAAGCAUCCCUGAAACCCUAAACGUGACUACCAAUAAUGGGCCUCCGAGGCCUCCUGUGUACUUCUCGGCUACUCCCACUAACUCCACCACGGUGUUGCUAACGUGGUUCGAUCCAACUGGACACCGGAGGGCGCCAAAUAAGUACAUAACCGAGUUUUGCAAGGCCACCACUUGCUCCAACGUCACCACGAAACGAUCAGGAAGCGACGAAUACCAGGUGCUACAAACCAAUCUUACGGGAGCAACGCUGUACAGCGUGAAACUGUACGCCGUGAUAUCUAACGGCAUUCACACCUUCACCAGCAAGCCGAGGACAACAAGCUUUACAACGUACGGAAACAAAUAUGAAUCCCUGGAAAACCUGCAGUGCGCUUUGACCAAGAAAAGCAGCAGUGUGGACUUGCAACUCACCUGGGAUGCACCCGAAGGAGGAGAAACGCCCUGCUGCUACAGAUUCAAGGCGUGUAGUUCCGGCAGCGUGUGCACAUCUUAUGAAGUUGUCGGCGCCAUGAAGUUGACGCUCGGGGACAAGCCAUAUUUCAACAGCACAACAGUCGUUGGCUAUGCUUGCUACACUACACAGAACGGUAUAUUGUGCAGAGAAGGGCCAAGUGUGAACUGCGAUACUGGAGCAGGAAAACCGCCGGCUCCAGGAUACCUUGAAGCGAAAUCUGUGGCUCCCACCAUUGUUACUGUCGCGUGGGCUGAUCCUACAAAGGGUUCAAGAAGAGCACCUAAUUUCUACAAAGUCGAUCUGUGCACGCUGAACGACACUUGUACCCAAAAAUACACGGUGCCGUACCGGGACAACGAGACCUACUCUGUGACGUCGUAUAACUUGACAGCGGGCACGUCAUACAAUGCAAAAGUUGCGGCUGUCAUCAGCACAAACGAGGGCGAAGAGUACACAAGCGACCCCGCGACGGUGCAAUUCACCACACAAACCAGUGAUUUUCUGCCGCCCGAUGACUUCCAUGCCAGUGUUAAUCGCCAUGAGAGAAGGACCGACGUCUCGUUCACGUGGUCAGUUCCACAGCAUGUUCACCGCAACCUCACCGGAUACAGAAUAUUGGCGUGCGAAGAGGUCGGCAGCGAGUGCAGGGUGUUCAAAGCCGGAGGAGAUGUUACUACUUUCACUUUGAAAGACGAACCCUAUUGGCAGAAGUACAAUGUACGUGCUUACGCACUCUUUGGAGACUACGGUGCCACGAUAGAGAGCCCCAGCGUCAGCACGGACGUGUUUACGGGGCCUGUAGCACCCUGGGUGGACAACUUCAAUGUGACAAAGCAGGAAGGAUUAAGUGGCAUCGAGGUUAGGUGGGAUGGACCCCACGACGAGCACGUCACGGGAUACAACCUGACAGUCUGCAAUACGGUAACACGUCUAUGUGAAGAAGCUAUAUUCACACCCACCCCGGAGGACAAUUACCGCUGGUCCUUCAAUGACCUGGAUGCCUGGACUAACUACACCGUCCGCUUGUACGGGUACUACUUCUAUGAAAACAAGUGGUACAACGGGACAGGGUGCGUGACGACGGUUCAGACCAAUCCUGGAGAUCCCGGCCCUGUACGGGACGCACACGUUCACCUAGUCAACCGAACUGUAGCGAAUUUCGCAUGGGAGAAGCCUUCUGUUCUUAGGGGUCCACUCGACGGGUACACGGUCGUCUGUGAAAGCCUUCACGAUGAAAUUCCCCAUCGUGUGGAGGGCACAGUCGCCGCUCACGUUAACAGCCUAAGUCUUGAUCUCGAGGAGCAACAAACUGAAUUUCAGUGCAACGUUACGGCUUACAACCUUCUCUCAGAGAAGGAACUGCACGGAAUUCCAGUGCCUUUGAGUGUCAACACAACGGGAAUCUAUGCCCCCACGCAUCUAAAUAUAACUUUGAUCAACGCAACGGCAGUGGCCUUGAAAUGGGAUGUCGACCCUCUUGCGACAAAUUACUUAGUCAACUUCACUGCGGCUGGGUGGAAUGAGAGCUACGUGAGCAACUCCUCCAGCGCCAAUGGCACUCACACUUACGUAAACGACCACCUGGACCCCUGGACAGCCUACAACAUCACGGUGCAGAACUGCGGCAAGGAUUACUGCGGGAAGAAAGGAAGACUUCACGCAAGAACGGAUGCUGCUGAUCCAUCGGAAGUGCAAGACUUCAAAUUCGUCUUGCAGAAGUACGUCGAUCUUACCUUCAGUUGGAAGCUCCCCAAACACCCUAACGGUCCUAUUAACGGAUAUCUACUUAACGUAUCGAACUUGGAACGCGUGCAGAAAAUCAGUUACAAGGUUGAUGGACAGCACACCAGCCUCACCGCCAAUGUGACUGAUCAGUAUACAAAGUAUCAGGCUCUACUAGUUGCUUUCAACCUAGACAGGCAUCACGGUGGCGUUCUCUACGGUCCUGCAGCUGUGCUCAACAUCACUACACAAGGAAAAGGACCAAUGCCUCCAUACCCUGAUCCAACGGAACUGAAGAGCGACAGUGCUCUUAUUCAGUGGGAGGUGCCACAGGAUAAGACGCACAAAAUCGUAUCUUACAAAGUGAAUGUCUCCGAUCACGCGGGUCACGAGGUAUUCAACGCUACCGUACACGCAACGAAUGUCACAGUGGAUCACCUUCACCCUUGGUCAAACUACACGGCCGCCGUCGCAUCCUGCACUAAUGAUACUACGUGUGGGCCAGUCUUCAAGGCUGCUAAAUUUACAACAGAUGUAAGCGCUCCUUCUGUUCCUCGGGAUUUAGCGUCGACAGAAGUGACCAAGGAUUCGAUAACGCUGUCCUGGGCGCAACCGAGUGUUCUUAACGGGCCUAUAGAUGGCUAUAUUGUCCAGUGGAACAAUGGGUCUGGACACGCAUCUGCAAUUACUAAGGAAGAGGGAUACAAGAUCACGGGUCUCCCUGCAUCAACUAACUGCACAAUCGAAGUCCUGUCGUUCAACAUAGGCUACACUGAGCAAAAACGUGGACCCGCAGCUACUCUGUCCAGAGUCACACUAGCGUCCGUGGCCACUUCGACGAUCAUUCUUGCUGUGAUUCUCCCGAUCCUCGCUAUAGCAAUCGUUGUAGGUUGCUACUUCGCCUUCAAGAAAUACAGGGCUCACAGAUCAGGGGCGACCAUACUACAAAAUGUGGAGUAACCGAACGACAUGGCGCAUUUGGAAGAACGUCUCGCUGUCACUACGAAGGCCAGAUGAACUGCAACCUCACAGACAUGCUUCAAAACAUUCAAUGGGGACAAAAUGUGCGUGGAAGAUAAAAUUUGCAGCUGUUUCUUCGCAUGCUGGAAUGUCUACUUUCCUUUCAAUCAACCGUCAAACUGGCCACAAUCUCUCGUUCUUUCUGUUCUAAUUUGAGUAGUAAGAACCUGGUGGAGCAUCGUUAUGCGAUAAAAUAACGUAACUUUCGAGCUAGAUGUACUUUCGUGCGGAAUACAGCCCUAAAAAGCGGGUAGCACUGCAAUCAAUUACAAGCUGGAAACCUAAAGAGUACUAAAACCUACCUGAAUCUGAUCAAACACAAAUAAAUGUGACAGCAUGACUUUUGUUUUUCGAGUGGCACUGUCCCCAGAAAUACGUCUAGGUCAGAAAUGGAACCUGCUCUAACUGCUUUGAUAAAUAACGAGAGGUAUCUUUUUACAAUUCCAGUUAAGGCCAAAAACUACUGCUUUGUUGUUGAAGGAUAUGUGGACAUUGCAAGAGGCGAACAACAACUAUAAACUUUAUCUUUGAACAACCCUGUAUAUAUAAGAGGGAUACGGUACCACAUUACGAACGUUUUUGAUCGUAAGCAAAAGUAUGGAGAGUGCUAAUCAGCAGUGGUGUGAGCUACUUUCGAACACGUUUUUGUAUCAUCUUCAGCGAUUCAUAUCAGAACGAGCAUGAAAUGGGCAUUGCAAAUAAAAAUGUAUUCGAAAGCAGCUAGAUAGUCUUUUGAUUGCGGCAUAUUUUAGGGAUAGUUCUUUCCCUGGAAGGGAUAGCUAUAAGGGCAAGAAAACUCUGUCUCAUCAGCCUCGCCAAAUUGGGGCAAACUUUUUUCCUGGCUGUCACUUCCAACGCGCAUGAUACCAAGUGAUAAGUAGGUCCGCUGUUGCCACUUCUGUACAACUUUCGGAGCAGUCUAGAAAAGUACUUGCAAAGUACGUGUGAUCUCUCCGAGGUGUAUCGUCCUAACUAGUUGUAACUAGUCCGUGUAGGUCACGAAAUUCAGGGAAGACAAAUAACGACCAACACUGAACAAACACUGAAACUGAUAACAAACACUGAUAGCAAAUACUGAAGCGUUGAGAUAAUGAGAGAGGAGGUAUGAUAUGGUACUGCAAGUUUAACGUCAUGUUUCGCUGUUUUUUUUAUACUAGUCUAUUAUUGCACUUUGUUCAUACUGAGGUACUGUAAAUAUAAAGAAAUAUUCACUCCAUACUUUGCAAGCACUUCCAUACCCUUCUUCGUUGUUUAACAACACACAUUACACAAUAUAUUCUUUUCAUGUGUCAAGCUAUCAUGCAUGGUAUUUCUCAGAGUGAGUGUGGUCUGUUAUGAUUGAGGUGACGUUAUAGGCGUUGUCGAAGUAAAAACAGUAGAAGGCGCCGUUCAUGCGUAAUGCAGGUGAUUUUGUCAAAGCAAUGCAUCAUGUUUGAGAUAACGUCUUUACGUCUUGCUUCGUUUUCCGAAGUCGUGAUCAACCGCUGUGAUCUGCGUUCUGUUUGUGUCACUGGGAUAUGAAUGGAUUAAACGGGAUCCAAUCUA